GCAAUCCUGACAUGCACAGUUGCCUGGGAACCGGACACAUGCCAGGAUGUGCAGCUGACAAGCCAGACUAAAGAGAAAAGCCGACUUUACUUCCGAGAUGGCAAAGGAGAACCGGCCCUGGUCAAGAACGUUACGUUAACGGAGCAGAUUUCUCAGACACCUUGUGUCAAAUGGUACAAUUUUGGCCACUCUGGCUUCUCCGUAAUGGCUGAGAAUGGAUGUCAUGGAAAGUUUAGUGUUUGCUACACUUCUGGUCAUCGGCUACCUGAGGUACCCAUUCACAGAACAAUAGCAUGCACUAACCUACGUCUGACCAGCAGGGAAAGAGUACCAGACCAAAGAUUUAUAUCACAAUAUGUCAGCGGCGGAGAUUACAUUGUCAGUAUGGAGCUGCUUCAUCAAAUGACCGCGGUCAGUUGUGUUUUGGGUCUCUCGUUCAUUUUCUACGACCACAGAGUGGAGGCUCGGUUUGGCUGUAAGGGCGACUUCAGGGUCUGUGUGGACACUCUUAUCGUUCUCAACAACAAUGUGCCAGAUGUGCAGUGUCAGCGUUACAUCCUCAUGAGCCGCUCAGGUCUAGAAGAAAGAUUCACCGUCCCUUUGUCGUAUGGUGGCAUCGUCAGUAUGGUCGUUAUUAAUGAAUACUCCAAGAACAUGUGCGUGCAUGGCAAGAACUAUGGCUUCAACAAGAACCACGGGCUAGAGAUCUACGCCAGGGAUGGUUGUCAGGCGGAGUUUGACGUCUGUCAGAGCCCGCAAGACCUCAAUCCUCCAAGAUCACUCUGGGCUGUUAUUUGA